AUGAACGGCGGUAAUGGAGAUCAUUACACGGAAAUUCACCAGCAUUAUGCCGAAGAAUGUAGCCAGGAUGAUAUUGGCACAUUCUUGUUUACUUCUGAAUCUGUUGGAGAAGGCCACCCAGAUAAGAUCUGUGAUCAAGUCAGUGAUGCCAUUCUUGAUGCACAUUUAAAACAAGAUCCAAAUGCUAAGGUUGCCUGCGAGACAGUAGCUAAGACUGGUAUGAUAUUAGUUUGUGGAGAAAUUACUUCCAGAGCCAUUGUAGAUUACCAGAAAGUUAUUAGAAAUACUAUUAAACAGAUUGGAUAUGAUGACUCUGCUAAAGGAUUUGAUUACAAGACCUGCAAUGUAUUAAUAGCUCUAGAAGAACAAAGUGCUGAUAUUGCGUCUGGUGUACAUGUUGAUAGAAAUGAAGAAGAUAUUGGAGCUGGUGAUCAGGGUUUAAUGUUUGGUUAUGCUACAGAUGAAACAGAAGAAUGUAUGCCAUUGACAGUUGUCCUUUCACAUCAACUUAAUGCAAAAAUUGCUCAACUUAGACGAGAUGGUGUAUUAGCAUGGGCUAGACCCGAUUCUAAAACUCAGGUUACAGUAGAAUAUAAAUAUGUCAAAGGUGCUGCGAUUCCUCUUCGAGUUCAUACUGUUGUUAUCUCCCUUCAACAUGAUGAAACUAUUACUACAGAGAAAUUACGAAGUGAAUUAAUGGAUAAGGUUGUCAAGUCUGUCAUUCCUGCUAAAUAUCUAGAUAACAAAACUGUUUAUCAUAUUCAACCUUCUGGUAGAUUUAUUAUUGGUGGUCCACAGGGUGAUAGUGGUUUAACUGGUAGAAAAAUUAUUGUGGACACAUAUGGUGGUUGGGGUGCUCAUGGUGGUGGUGCCUUUUCUGGUAAAGAUUUCUCCAAAGUUGACAGAUCAGCAGCUUAUGCAUCCAGAUGGGUAGCUAAAUCAUUGGUCAAAGCUGGCCUCUGUAAAAGAGUUCUUGUUCAGUUAUCAUAUGCCAUUGGUAUAGCUGAACCUUUAUCUAUCACAGUAUUCAGUUAUGGAACUUCACACAAAUCUGAAAAGGAACUUUUAGAAAUCAUCAAAAAUAAUUUCGAUCUUCGACCAGGCAAGAUUGUCCAGGAGCUGAAUUUACGAUCACCAAUCUACCAACAAACAGCUUGUUAUGGACAUUUUGGUCGACCUGGAUUUUCGUGGGAACUUCCCAAAAAGUUGAAAUACUAG